UACCUACUUAAUGCGCAUACUUUGGAUUGUCCGCAUUAUCGAGCCCAUCUCCAAUUCAUCGGCGGUCGGUCGGCUUUUACCAGUUCAAAGUAUGUGCGAAGAUAUUGUCGUGAUGUCGUCGGAGCUUAAAGGAUGAUUUGGAAGGUUUAUUGACCAGAUUAAAGUGAGAAUGGAAACAGUUGAAAAUAGAAGCCAAUCCUUAGAUGAUUGGAAAAUCUGUGGGAAUGGUCAGGAUACUUGCAAGAAGAAAAAUAAUGAGAAGAAAGACAGCCAUGAUUAUGUUUCAGACCCAUCUUUUGAAAGGCAUAACAAUAAUCUAAAAGGACAAGAUUAUGAUACUAGAAAAGUAUCAAGACAAUGCCAGGACAAGAAACAAUGGAGUGCUGAAACACACAAGCAGUUAGAUGAUAGCUCUAUGAGUGGGCUUAAAAAAGCCAGGUACGACUAUGAGGAUGAUUACAAGAAGGAUAAUAAAAUAUGCAAACCAAAGGGAAAGGUACAUGGGGAAUUAUCAUCUUCCAGUUCAGAUUUCUUACCAACUGGAGAGGCUGUAAGCUCUAGUCCUAAGGGAAUGUGUUGUGAUUCUUUGAGUAAGAAAAUGGGAGUUUUUGAUGAUUUUUAUGUUGGUGAAUGGAUAGAUGUUGAAGAAGAGGAUGGAUUUUAUGGAGUAAAAAGUGAUUAUAAAAGUGGUGGCUUAAUUGAUAGUAAAAAGAGAAAUUCGAAGUUUAAGAGGGAGAGGGAUACUGAAUCUGUAAUUUCUUCUUCUUCUUCCUCUUCAUGUUCAACAAUGCCUUCUUCUAGAAUUGACCAAAGUGAUAUGGGCAAAUGUCAAUCAGGGAGUCAGAAGGACAGCAAAGGGAAGCAUCCAACGUGCCAUCAGUGCAGGAGGAAUGAUAAAAGAAUUGUUAUUCCAUGCUCCAAGUGUAGACAGGCAGUAUACUGCACCUAUUGUGUCAAGAAGUGGUACCCACACUUACUGGAAGAAGAAGUUGCUGAGUGUUGCCCAUUUUGCUCGGGAAACUGCAAUUGCAACAUUUGCUUGCAAUCAAGUGGUCUGAUUGAGACUUCAAAGAGGGAUCUCACCCCCGAGGAGAAGAUCCACCAUCUUCAUCACUUGAUCAAGUUGCUCCUUCCAUUUCUGAAACAACUUAAUGAAGAACAAAAGCAGGAAAUAGAGAUAGAGUCCAUAAUCCAGGGGGCGUCGACAACUUCAAUUAAUAUACAGGAGUCUUUUUGCCAAAACGAUGAGCGUGUAUUCUGCAACAAUUGUGCAACUUCAAUUGUUGACCUUCAUCGAGGUUGCCCUGAUUGUUCAUAUGAGCUUUGCCUCACUUGUUGUAGAGAGAUUCGGCAAGGAGUGGCAUUUGGAGUUGAUAGAGUAGAGAUUCAUUACCCCAAUAGAGGUUCUGAUUACAUUCAUGGAGGAGAUCCAAUACCAGAUAUUCCUCAUUUGGAGACUUUAAAGGAACAUAUAGAACCAUUUAUCAGAUGGACUGCAAAUGAUGAUCAGAGUAUUGAUUGUGCUCCAAAAAUCAUGGGUGGAUGUGACAAUUGUGUGCUAGAACUCAAACACAUUCUUCCAAAAGGCUGGAUUUUGGAUCUAAUAGCUAAAGCAGUUGAUACAUUGACGAUACAUGAAGCAGAUCAUCGAAUGAAUGGGCUCAACAAGUCUUUACAUGGAGCGGGAGCGGCAUCCAGUGAAGGCAAUGAUGACAACUACUUGUAUUGUUUGGAUUCGGUCGAUGCUCUCAAGGGGGAAAGUCUUGUACAAUUCCAGAAGCAUUGGGCGAAAGGCAAACCUGUAAUUGUUCGCGAUGUUCUUAAACAGUCAAGUGGAUUGAGCUGGGAGCCCAUGGUUAUGUGGCGUGCACUUUGUGAGAGUGAGGAUCAAAAUUUGAGUUCAAGUAUGUCAGAAGUGAAGGCUAUUGAUUGCCUGGCUGGUUGUGAGGUGGAGAUAAGGAGCCAGCAUUUUUUUAAGGGUUAUACAGAUGGAAGAAGAUACUUCAAUUUUUGGCCUGAAAUGCUAAAACUUAAAGAUUGGCCUCCAUAUGACAAAUUUGAGGACUUACUGCCACGACACUUUGACGAGUUCAUCAACAUAUUGCCAUUCCAAGAAUAUACAGAUCCAAGGGCUGGAUUUCUCAAUAUUGCGGUAAAGUUGCCUUCAGGAGUCCUAAAGCCAGACAUGGGUCCAAAAUCAUAUAUUGCAUAUGGGAUCUUUGAGGAACUUGGAAGAGGCGAUUCGGUUACCAAGCUUCACCUUGAUAUGUCUGAUGCGGUGAAUAUCUUAACACAUAAUGCUGAGAUAGAGGUGGAUGCUGAACAGCAAGCAGCUAUCAAAUCAUUGAAGAAGAAGCAUAUGGCUCAAGAUUAUAAGGAAAAUAUAAUAACAGAUCGAGAGAUGAAUCAGGUUUGCUCAGACCCGGUUGAAGUUGAAACGAAUGAAAGAAGUGGUGGGGAUGCUUUGUGGGACAUUUUUAGAAGAGAAGAUGUUCCAAAAUUACAAGAGUACCUCAGAAAGCACUCGAGAGAGUUUAGGCACAUUUACUGCUCCACAGUUGAACAAGUUAUUCAUCCAAUUCAUGAUCAGUCCUUCUACUUGACCAUGGAUCACAAACGAAAACUCAAAGAUGAAUAUGGAGUAGAACCAUGGACAUUUGAACAAAGACUUGGAGAGGCGGUGUUUAUUCCUGCUGGUUGCCCCCAUCAAGUCAGGAAUUUGAAAUCAUGCACCAAGGUAGCGGUAGAUUUUGUUUCUCCUGAAAACAUUAACGAGUGCCUUCGGUUGACUGAGGAAUUUAGGCACCUGCCGAAGGGUCAUAGGGCCAAAGAAGACAAACUAGAGAUAAAGAAAAUGAUAGUUCAUGCAAUGAACCGAGCUAUUGAAGAUUAUGAAGCCUUGGCAUUUCCACACAAUGAAAUUCUGUAGCACCUUAUUUUUGGAGGACUGGUGUUUUGUGACAAAUUUAGCUAUCUCUUUUGAUUAGUAAUCUUAGUUUAUCAUCAUCCUAUGGUAAUGUUUUUUUGUUCUUCCAACCAUAGUUGUAAUCUUAGUUUCUCCUACAGGAAGUAAUGUUUCUUUUCCCACAUAAGAAACAAAACAUGUUACCUGGAUGGCCUUGACCUAACUAAUGUCAAGCAAUUUUCCAUAUGUGCUAGCCUUCAAUAUAUAUAUAAACUAAUUUUGAAUGUUUGAUUAUA